GAGACGUGACACGGACCGAAGUUCAGCGGACAUAUAAAGUGCACCUGAAGCUCCCGUUGUCACAGAGUCCGGUGCAGCUUCAGGUGAUUCUCGAGUCCCAUAGUAGCCAGAAACGAGAAUGAAGUUAGCAGUGACGUUUCUAGUAGUGAUUCUCGCCGUGACGAGUACAUAUGGAAGCCCCGGGUACGAGAGAGAUGAAGUGGACGAAGACGACUUCACAGAUGACGCAACGACACCGUACUGGAAGAAGCCUGUCGGCUGGAUUCUAGAGCAGCUGGGAAAGUGGCUACAACAGUCAGCCGAGGCCUCACCGGCUCUCUAUUCUGCAGAAGGCACUGCCGAUUUCCCUCAAGACCCAACGAUCGAGCACAUGAGAAGGGUUGCACAGCUUCUUAACAAGGUUGCGGAUGCGGUGGAAAAAGGAGAGAAAGUCUACCUCUUCGACUAGGGCCCCUGUUUCAAUUUGUCUUUAAAGCGGGAAAAUAAAUGAAUGAUCUGCU